UACCACAAAUUCACCAGUCUAUCUGCAUCCAAAGCCCUCACCUACCUAGUCGUCCACGAGAAUAGCGUCCCGAUCGCAAAGGCCACUAGAUGACCUCCGUCUCCUCAACUUCCAUCCAGAAUGACCGCCGCUGCCGCCAGUGACCGCCCCACCGUCCGCAUCGGCGUGUUCCUGCCGUCGGGGGCCCAACUGCUGGACACGGCGUGCGUGGACCUGUUCGACAUGAUGAGCCACGAGUACCUAUCGGCGCUGGAGAAGCUACCCCGAGCGGCGGCCGACAUCGCGCCACACGUCUGGAUAGCCUACGUGGGCACCGUGGCGGCGGGAGGGCCGAUCCAGCUGACCGGGGGCAUGUCGGUCACGUGCACGCACCACCUGUCCGACCCGGAGGUGGGCGCCGGCCGGUUGGAUGUCGUGCUGGUGCCCGGCCCGGAUCCCAGGCUGAGGUGGGAUGGCGAGGUGCUGGGUUGGCUGAGGGGCCAUGCGAAUAGGGUGCGGGAUACGGAUAUCCUGAGCGUGUGUACGGGAAUCUAUAUCUGCGGGGAGGCGGGGCUGCUCAGGGGUAGGAGGGCGUGCGGCCCGAGGGGGCUGCAGAAGGAGAUUGGGGAGAGGUUCGAGGGGGUCACGCUGCUGGGGGACGAGCUGAGGUGGGUGAGUGAUGGGAACCUUUGGUCCAGCGGCGGCGUCACGAAUGGAAACGACCUCGUCGCGGCGUACGCCAGAGAGAGCCGGCACUUUCCUGGGCCGCUCGUCGAUAUUGCCACCAAACUAGCGGAUGCGGGGGAGCGGCCGCAGAAGUAUGGCGCGAGCCAGACUGGCUUCAGGAUUGGGUUUGCGUGGGCGCUUCUGAGGGCCUGGUUCAUGGGAUUUGGGAGGAAGUCGAAGAGUAACUAGGCGGGUGACGAACGAUCGAAAUCGGAUGGGGGCACGCUCUCCCCUCUUUGCGCGCUGUAUAGGAGAAAACAUUUAGUUCGCAUCCACGAUGCCUGCACUAUUGUAAUUAGGUGUUAAUGGAGGCUACUGGGUCAAGGCUAUUGCCUGGCAUCAUUAUUCAAACAAAGUAGGCACAGGGAGCCUGGAGCCCCCUUG